GAAAGUCCAUGCAACAAUCAUACAACUCCAGAGACCACUGUGGAUAAAAUUCUACAAUCUGCUGUUGCUACAGGAUACGUUCACAAUGUUUCACAGAUUAAAAAUGGAAAGUACUUUGAUUUUCAAUUACAGACGAAGCACAAGACUAUCAGAGCUGUCUGCUUUUCUCCGCCAAAACGAAAGUAUUUCAGUAAGUACAGUAAAAGCAAUGUUCCAGUGGAAUUAAGAAAGGUUAGAGUGGAUACUAACAGAGAUAAUACAAUAUUAUUCAAACAUAGACUUUCCAAGAGUUGAAAUACCAAGCAGUGUAACUUUGGCCACACUAAGCAGUGUUUGCGUUGGGCGGCUUGAAGCGAAAGUCCUUCACCUGUCCCCCAUCAAAUGUUUUACAGUCUGGAAAACUGAGAAUAAUUCAGGCACACCUUUUAGACCCUUCAGACACAACAAGAGUUGUGUUAUGGCAAUAGUUUUUGAGUGCAGUUGCAGAGGGAAAUGCAAAAAUAUUUUCUGA